UAUUUUAAAGAUCGAUGACCUUUGAUAUUAUGUACAAGGAUGGAAGGGAACUUUAUAGCCCGGAUUGAAUCACAAUAAUACCAGUCUUCGUUACAUAAUCGCACUAGACACAACUGUGUUUUGAAAAUAAAUAGUCAUGGUUCCAACAAAAUUUUGGAUUAUUGUGGUUUUGGUAGUGUGUUACGAACAAUCCAGCAUCGCAAACCACGUCAAUGUACUCAACAAAAACGAUCCUGGCAGAUCAAGACCAAAAAAAUCGGUUGAUACAGAAAUUUAUGUAGCUCUUCCGCCGGAAAACAUUAAGACUGGGAAGCAAGACAACCCUCCAACGUUGAUACGCUUGGAUCCAAAUUCUCCAAAUAAAUUCAAGGGCAAGUUCCCUACGCCAAUCGAACGUUUUAUACAACGCAUACAGAACUAUUUUUCAGUGUACAAUCCACCGGAGUACUUAAAUGACUUGAGACCUGGUAUUAAUAAUCCAGAAAACGACGGAUAUCAAUUAGACUCGUCGAACAACACACAAGUAAUACUACCAUGUAACGGUACGAGCACCAUAGUGAUCAUUCCUGUACCAUUAGAAAAUGAAAAUAUUUCUACCGACCAAAAUUAUUCAAACAAUUCAGACAAACCUGAGGCUUACGUAGUGCCGACGACACCAAAAUCAAAUUGCCCAGAAGAUGUGACUACAGAAAAGCCUAAGUGUCCGGAAGUGACCACUCCAAAGCCUAACUGUCCAGAAGUGACAACUCCAAAACCUAACUGUCCAGAAGUGACAACUCCAAAACCUAACUGUCCUGAAGUGACCACUCCAAAACCAAAGUGUCCAGAAAUUACAACACCAAAACCAAACUGUCCGGAAGUUACCACUCCAAAGCCUAACUGUCCGGAAGUGACCACUCCAAAGCCUAAUUGUCCAGAAGUGACAACUCCAAAACCUAACUGUCCAGAAGUGACAACUCCAAAACCUAACUGUCCGGAAGUUACCACUCCAAAACCAAAGUGUCCAGAAAUUACAACACCAAAACCUAACUGUCCUGAAGUUACUACUCCGAAACCCAAAUGUCCGGAAGUAACCACUCCAAAACCUAAAUGUCCUGAAGUAUCGACUCAAAAACCAUCUUAUCCCCCCAAACAAAAUUCAACAGCAAGUGACCCUAAACCUAUAUCUGGAUACGGGCCGACUGAAGUUCCUUCUCUGAACUUAGUAGCUCAGCCCGUUCUUGGCUCUACUGUUCUUUAUUUUUACAAACAGCCUACAACCUCACCACCGUAUAAUCCACCAGCUUAUAACCCGCCUGCAUAUUACAUACCCAAUACUCAGUCACCUUACGAAGAAAACACCCGAAGACCCAAGCCACCUAUCUUACGUCUAAAACAAUUAUUAUUCCCACGUCUAUAUGCAGCUUUUCAUCCUGACGAGUGAUGACUAAUAGACAUUGUAUUAUAAUCAAGACAAAAUACAUAUACAUAUAUAUAUAUAUAAUAUAAUACAUACUAUAUUUAUACGAACGAGUUAGUAACACACAUGAAUAAUGAUAAUUUUGUAUUUAAUAACCUCUUAAAUGUAUUUUAAAUUAUUAUUUAUUUAUACUAUAGAUAUCUAUUAUAUCAAUAACGGUAAAUACUUGACGAUUUCACAAACACUA